GUUAAGUGUCUUGUUGUUCGAUUAUCGAAUUAUGAGAGAAAUAGAUUUUUUACGAAUAUUUCUCCGUUAAUAUUGUAAAUAUACCUACGAAACGAUGUCAGACAUUAAUAUGGAAAAAUUUGCGCUUCGCGAAUUCAAUCCCGAGCGAUUCGUUAAGGAAUUAGCGAAGUCUUGUGUCGGGGGGGAGGAGCUUCAGCAGCAGCAGGAGAAGAUUCAAACUUUAUCCGACGAAACCGCUAGUGCCCUCAAAAAAAAUGUUUACGAAAAUUACAUGCAGUUCAUUGAAACUGCAACCGAAAUAUCCCACCUGGAAGCUGAAAUGUAUAAGCUCUCCCAUUUAUUAAGUGAACAACGAACGGUGCUUACUACGUUAUCCCACGCGUCAAUUUUAGGUAAUGAGAAUACUAUAUCCCAUGAAUCUCUUGAGAAUCACGAUGUAGAAGCAGAAAAGGCUGAGGAGCAACGUAAAAACAAAUUAAUUCUUAUAUCAGAGAAAGUUGAAGGUUGUAUGAACUUGUUAGACAUUCCAGAUAGAAUUUUGCUUCACGAAGGUGAUUUGUUGGAGAUAGAUGCGGACGAGAAUACUGCACUGCAGAGAAUGCAUGUAUAUUUAUUCAAUGAUUGCCUUAUGUUGACUUCUUGGAUAUCAAAUAGACGGGGUGCCACUAGGUACCAAUUUGAAUGCAGCUAUCGCAUUAGUACUUUGGCUGCAGUGAAUGUACGCGACUUGGGCAAUGUGAAACAAGCUUUCAAACUAUUAGUUUUCCCAGACACCCGGGUUUUCCAAUGCAAUAGCCUUACAAUAAAAAAAGACUGGCUUGAUAAGUUUGAAUUAGCUAAGAAAAUGCAUAUUGAGAAGGAGAACUCUAAACAAAAAAAGAAGGAGAGUCAAGACAAACCUAAGCUGGAGUCAUUGGAUUCUCCUAGUUUAUCAGUUGAGGAGCUGCCAUCUCCACAAAUACCCAAUCUCCCAGAAUGGUUGGCUGAUGUCACAGAGGAGUUAGAUGUGUUGAUUGUUGAGAGACAUUUUCAAAAAACUUAUGAUUUAAUGGUAUCAGCUCAGAAAUAUUUAAACAGUGAAGAAUAUAAAGAUCAUCCACAGAGGCUAGAAAUUUUGAAAAGAAUUGAACAAAAGCAGAAGUUGUUGAUUGAGAUACUGUUGAAGGAGUUGGAUGUUACGCAUAAUUGGAGUCCAAGGGGAGGCCUUAGGUCUUCUCGUCACCCUGUUUUAAUACUUAAUAAGUUUAAUAUGACCAGUCAAGCAUGUGAUUUAUUUUUAGCAAUAUGCAGUCAUACUGUUAAAGUGCAUGUCAAGGGAGUGCAACUAGAAGGGUCUAUAAACACUUAUGUGAAGCAAGUGGGUGAAGUAUUUUUCUGCUCACUGAGUGAUGCCUUAACAGAGUUCAUUACAUUAUUCCCUAAGAAUAAAAUUAGUGCAUUCAUACUUUGGGCUAGUAUGCAACUUAGGAUUCUAAUGAGUCGACUUAUAAAGGAAAUAUUUACUCCACAGUGCCCUUUAGAUUCAGUAUUAGAAUGUGUUGAUAGUUUGAGAGAUCAGUGCAUGCUAUUUUGUGAAUUUGGUCUAGAUCUACGGUUUCAGAUGGAUAGCUGUCUUAGAAGUCCAAUAACUAAGGCAUUGAAAGAAUAUAAAGAGAAAAUACUUGAUUCUAUGAAAACAAAAGUGUCAGAGGAUAAAUGGACUCCAAUUAAUAUGCAUACCAAAGCUGGAGUGAAUAAAUUCUUGUUGCAAAUGGAAAAUUUGGGCCUUAUAUUAGCUAAGUUCAUUAUAAAUGAAACAUGGGUAGAUUUAUCAAGUAGUACAGUAUGGUUUGCACAGUCAGUUAUAAUGAUACAGAAAACUGGACUGAAAUUAGUUACAAAAGAUAUGAUGGAUGUGUUAGAUGAAUGCAUCCAUGCUAUAUUCAAGUCUCGCCUUAUGCUCUCUCUAGGUAAUGAUUCUAGUUAUGCACAGAAAAAUUUUAAGUUCAUUCUGGAUACUGUGAUGCCACUCAUGCUAAGGUGUUACAAGGAGGAGGUAGGGUAUGAUAAUGAAAAACUUGUAGACUUGGCAAAGAAGUUUGGUGUCAACAUUGCACCUCCAAAGAAAUCCCACAUCACAAAAUACACUAGUAACGAAUAUUUAUGAGAUUAGUCAUAACUUUGUAUGGUGUGAUUGGUGUAUGAAGUUAUUUUUAUUAUGCUGAAGCUUUAAAAUUGUAAUAUAUAGACAGUAAGCAUGCAGGAAUUUUGAAAAUUUAUUUAAUAAACUGAUAAAAUUGAAAUUUAUAUUAUAUGCAAGUUAUAAAUAUGAAAUUUUAAUAA